AUGGAGCUGUCGCAACGCUUUCGUUUCGAGCCCGUGGGGUGCCUCGUCUCCCCGCAGGCGCCCCACGUGGCGCAGGCGCGAAGCGCCGCCUCGAAGGUGCCGAAAGUGCUGAAGGAUGGCUUGCCGGUGGAGGAGUUGACUCACGAGCUGGCUGCCGGGCACAAGAUCAUCUUCGCAGCCCUUGGCACGAUGGCCCUGUCGGAUCGCUGGAGCAUCGAUUCGGGCCGCGCCUCGGGUGGCAAUCUGCCGCCGGGCACCACAGGGAAGGAGUACUGCCAACACGUUUGGAGAGCGUUGCUCGAAGCCAUGGAACUGCUGGGGGAAGAGUACUAUUGUGUACUUUGCGCUGGCAAACAGUCCGAUGCCCUCGACUUCCUGGAGAGUGAAGACGCUUUGCCAUCCAAUGUGAUUGUGCGAACCUGCGUGCCGCAAGUGGAGAUGCUUAACGACUACGCCAGCUGUUUCUUGUCGCACGUGGGUUUCAACAGUUUGCAGGAAAGCCUCAUGGCAGGCGUUCCUCUGGUGGCAGUGCCGCAGGCAGUAGACCAACCCGCCAACGCCAUGAAAGUGCAGAAGAUGUCCUGGGGCGUCUCCUUCCUUCGUCCCAUGGCGAGCGUCACCAGCACCGCCUUGGCGGUGGCCUUGGAGGACGUUCUCCAGGUGCGGAACCGGCGCUUCCGCGCCGCGGUGCAGGCGGCGCAGCGGGACCUGGCCGGCGGCGUGCAGCGCUUGGCGGAAGAAGUGCUGGAGUUGUGA